CAGGAUAUUGUAACCGGUUGGUUGAAAGAUCACGGAUUCCGUCGAAUCGUGGCCGGUCGAUUGCCUCAGCAAGGAGAAUACGGCUCAGACAAACACUGUUCCGAUGUGUUUGUCUUUAACAAGGCCGAUGUGUGCAAUCUGCUCGACUCUGAGGUUGUACUGCAACGGAAUCUGGUGCUACAGGACAAAAGCAGCUGUCUCGGAGUGCAUUGCACAUUGGCCAACGUUGCCGGUGGUGAGGAGGUACUGUUUGUCAAUUGCAUUAACGUCUUCUCGGCGGUUCACAUGGAAGGUUUAAUUGGUAACAAAUUCCCGCUAAUCCAACCGGUUCCACAAAUCCGUUGUAUACGUCCGUUGAAAGAGGAUGAAGAUCCACGGUUGACUGUGAAAAUGGGUUCGAAAGGUAAGUAA